GCUUUUCACGACGAAAACACACCCUUCGGGAAAGCUCAAUUCCAGGUGCCCGUGAAAAAACAAGCCGUGAAGAGGCACCACCACAAACACAACCUGAAACACAGGUACGAGUUUCUUGAGACCCUCGGAAAAGGAACCUAUGGCAAGGUGAAGAAGGCCAAGGAAAGGUCCGGUAAACUGGUUGCCGUAAAAUCUAUCAGAAAGGAGAAGAUCAAGGAUGAACAAGAUCUGAUUCACAUUCGCAGAGAAAUCGAGAUCAUGUCCUCGCUCUGUCAUCCGCACGUCAUCACCAUAUAUGAAGUAUUUGAGAACAAGGACAAAAUUGUGAUUGUGAUGGAGUAUGCCAGCCGGGGGGAUCUGUAUGACUACAUCUGUGACAAGAAAAGCAUCCCCGAGCAGGAGGCCAGGCAUUUCUUCAGGCAGAUUGUGUCAGCUGUCCACUACUGUCAUCAGAAUGGAAUCGUACACCGGGACCUGAAACUGGAGAACAUUUUACUGGAUGACAACGGCAAUGUUAAGAUUGCAGACUUUGGGCUGUCGAACCUCUACCAUGGUGACGAGUUACUUCAGACUUUUUGCGGCAGUCCUUUGUAUGCCUCCCCAGAGAUUGUCAACGGGCGUCCGUACCAUGGCCCAGAGGUGGACACUUGGUCUCUUGGGGUGCUUUUGUACACGCUGGUUCACGGAACCAUGCCAUUUGACGGAAACAACCACAAGAUGCUAGUGCAGCAGAUCAGCACCGGAGACUACCGGAAACCAAACAAACCCUCUGAUGCAUGUGGACUCAUCCGCUGGAUGCUGAUGGUGAAUCCUGACCGCCGAGCUACAAUAGAGGAGAUUGCCGGUCACUGGUGGCUCAACUGGGGCUAUCCGCAGCCGUUACUGUGUGAGAGAAGGAGCAGUCAUGUGGAGCAGACCUCUGCCCCAGUAUCUCCGUCAACAUCACAGCCUGCUGGGCUGGCCGGUGUUGCUAGUUGGCUGCGUCGUACAUCCAGGCCUUUACUGGAGAAUGGCUCCAAGAUGCGCUGCCUGCUCCGCACGCAGGGCAGUGCAGGGGAUGUAGUCCGACAACGGUCCCUGCGAAGGUCACGUAAGGAGAAUAACAUCACCCAGGCAGUUCACGAGGGUAGCACAGACACUCGGCCGUCCAAGGGAAUUCUGAAGAGGCGUAACAGUGUGAAACAGAAGUCGAUAAGCGAAACAUCAACUGUCAGUUUAGUGGAGCCACAAAAUAUCUUGGACUUGUCUGCACCAGGUAAAGCACCUUCAGCUGCACAGCUGCCCCGCAAAGGUAUCCUAAAAAAGCCUGCUGAGCAAGAGUCGGGGUAUUACUCAUCAUCUCCAGAGAACAGUGACUCUGGCUUGGUAACGCAAACUAAAGAGUGCCCUUCAGCACCACCCUACAGGAAGGGCAUCCUCAAGCGUAAUGGAAAGUUCUCUUCUGGUGGGUUACAUGAGUUUGGGUCUUUGGACCAGCUGGCGACAUCUCUGCCCCAUGGAGGUGGCCGAUCAAGACCAAGCGGAGCCAUCAGCGAAGAUAGCAUUUUAUCUUCAGAGUCCUUUGAUCAGCUGGAUCUACCAGACCACGUGAGGCCAGCAAUGCAAAUGGAUAAACCAGCCAAGGCGAGCAUGAGAGGCUGCGUUUCUGCUGACAACCUUCUGGACAUCCAAGAAGACAGAAUUCUGUCCAAUGGGCUGUUGAGGUCCUGGGACUGUUACAAGUCUGGAGUGGCUGACAGUGCCUUUUCGAUUUCAGACUGUGAUAACGUCACAGAGGCUUACAAACAGGCCAUGGUCAUACGAAGCUCCAAUGCAAGCUGAAGACCAGUAAUAAGGGACAAGAUGCUGGCUAAAGAAUUAGUGGUCAUCCUGAAUUUUGAAGUGACUUGAACAAUAUUGUGGUCAUGAAAGCCAAAGUGCGUUGUGUGAAAAUACCAGAACACUGUAAGGUGAUCAUUUUGGCAGAAUUCAGGAAUUAACACAGUACCAAAAAAAGGGAGAAGACUGACUGUAUUUGAGAUGGUCGAUUUGAUUUAACCGAAACUAAAAUAAGGAAAUGCAAUUACGCAAAGGAAAUGUUACAGAGUGCAAUUUGACUUUCAUCAAACAGUCUCAGGAGAAGAGAGCUUGAACUCUGGUUUUCAUUGUUAGAGGUUGCUAGUCAAUUAAUUCACAAUGAAACCAAAAGCACUUCAGAGACAGAAAUUCGGGAGACAUUUUUAAUACAGUUACAGUAGAUCUGAUUGAAUCUAGCUGGUUUGUGUCCGAGUUACAGCAGCAGAAUAUUCUGCAUUGUGGUUUAUUGUCAACGAGAAAGUUUGAGAAAGUUCAAUGAGUGUUAUUUGGAUUCUAGCUUCGUAAUCUUCUGUCAACAUGAUGUUUGUCUAAGAUGAUGACGGCAAUAGCACACAGUUUCGAUGUUGGAAUGAGUUUUGUUUAUGGGUAAGGUAACAUUUCACAGAUGCCAAAGAGCAGAUUUGGAAAACCUUGGCGCUAAAAAUCCCCAGCAAAAUGUGCCAAGUUUUGAUGUUUUAAACAGGGACUACUGACUUUUUUUUUUUUUAUUUUAUAAAUGUUUUUCCUGAAAUGACUUGUUCUGUGUUUGGAUAAUGACUUGAAUAAUAAUAGUGACCCUAUGAAUCACUGGCCUAACCAGUCGAACCUGCCUUUGCUUGCUAGCUUGCGCUGAUACAAGUGCACAAAUAGCCUUUGAGUCUACAUACACGUGUGGGAGUUUUACAAAAACAGGUGGGGCCCAGUUAUUUUUUUUUUUAUUUUUUAUUUUUUGAAAAUCAACAGUAUGAAGUUCCCCAACUAACUACUAUUUGUUUGUUUUAUGAAGUUGAAUCAUCGGUUAUGGAACAGCGUAGUAUUUUAUAAGGCCAGAUAACACCAAUUAAAAAUAGCGCUGCCAAAAAGUAGUCACUGAAUCAAAACUAGAGUUCAAAUUAAAAUCAUAAAUUAGGCAUGCAGGUAUUGAUCCUUAAUUAAGCUUGACCAGAUAUUUUCGUAGCUACCUGGCUUUGUCUUGCUUUAUGAAAUACUCCUGGUAUUCAGCUACAUCAACAUGUAUGUUUGAUUUUAAUUUGGAUGCUAAGCCAGUGCCUGGAAUAGCACUUUCAGGCCCCUGAAACCUGAUAAAUAUACCAUUUAUGUAUCAGUGUCAUGUAACAAGAGUUGCACAAAGCCAUUGAUGCAAGCUGCAGAACCAUGUUGUUCAGAAACAUGGAUCUGAUGAAGGAGGCUCAUCAGGAAUUGAAAGCCUGUUCAUAUGCAAGAGAUACAUUUUUUUUUAUUUUUUUUUUAAUUAUUGAAAGUUAUGUUUUUCUUAAUUUCUGGAAUCUGAUGGAUUGUAUUAAGAUGAAGGUAAAACUCAUUCUCACAUAUGAUCUUUGAUUAUUCAGGUGUGACAAGGAAAAGAUUGUUUGUAGGAUGUUUGUUUUGUUUUUUGCUUUUUUAAAAUAAUUUAAUGUGUUUGUAAUGUGGGCAUUUCAUUGUUUUUGUUUCUCCCUUUCCCUUAUCCCACAUAUUUCAGGUUUAAUUUAAACCAUGUCUGCCAAAGUUACUGGCUUAUCAUUUGUAUGACUGUUCUGCUGUGUUGUCCUUGCUGGGAUGAGGAAGUCAAUAAAAAAAC